AUGCAGGCCGAAGCUUACGUGAUGGACCGUCAGUUCGCGAGGGCCGUGCGCGUCUACCUGUCCCUGGCGGAACACCAAGCGGCUUCGGAGAACGGUGCCCGGCUGCAGCACCAGCAGCGAACGGACGGGAUCGAACGAGCCCCCCAAGGGCCGGCGCGGGGCCGGCAGGGGUCGUCGGCGACACCGUCGAUCACCCAUGGCGUCGGAGCUGGUGAUGGGGCCGGCAGCGAGGCGCAGUACAGCCACGUGUUUCGCAUGAUCGAGCAGCACUCGCUGUUUGACGCGGUGCAGGACCGGGUGUUGCAGCUGAUCAGACUCGACAGGGAGCUCACGGGAGAGCUUCUGCUUCGACACCCGGAAAAGUUCAGCGUUUCGUCGGUGGUGGCCCAGCUCAAUGGCAGGAGAGACUUGCAGCACUGGUACCUGGGGCUUCUGUUUGACCGUUCUCCGGAGAUGUACGGGGCUCAGGAAUACGCGCCGUAUCAUGCCCUACAGGUAUCGUUACUGGCCGAGUUUGCGCCGCCCUUCGAGCGAGGCCGGCCGCCGGCCUACACGAGCGCGUUUUUGCGUUUCUUGAGACCGACGGGGUUUGCACCGCUGGAGGCGGCGUUGAGGGAGUGCGGCAAGCGACGCCCCCCCCUGUACGACGAGAUGGCCUACAUCCUGGGGAGGAUGGGCGACACUCGGAGAGCGCUCACGAUCUUGCUCGAGGAGGUAGGCAGCGUGCCGCGCGCGAUCGAGUUCGUCGAAGCCCACGACAAAGACUUGUGGUACCGGCUGAUUGAGCACAGCCUCAAGAGCGAGACGUUCCUCUCGGGACUGUUGGAUCACGCCGGGGUCUACGACGUAGAUCUGGCCCGCCUGGUGGCCGAAAUCCCCAAGGGUAUGCACAUCCCAGGGUUGCGGGACAAGGUGGUUAAGAUCAUAUCGGACUACCACUUUCAGGUGAGCGUGAACGAGUCCUGCUGCGCGUCCGUCAAGACCGAUCUCCUCCGACGACUACGCCGCCUGAACCAGGGGCAAAGGCGGGCGACUCGCGUCGACGCCGACGCCCGCUGCUGCUACGGCAUGUGCUUGAUGCCUCUCGCGGGACCCCCGCGCGAGCUGGGCGGCGACGCGGGCGGCGGCGGCGGCGGCGGGGUCCUCGCUGACAGAAAUCGACCGGUGGCGGCCGGGAGGGGGUGGGGGAGAGGGCGGGCACGCGAGCCCGCUCGCACUAGGGUCGGCGGCGGCGGCGGCGGCGGCCGCGGCGGCCGCGGCGGCGGGUUGGGCGCAGGGAGAGGCGGGGGGACGGUCGUGUUUCCUUGUGGGCACAUGUUCCACGAGUACUGCUUGAGUGUUGCCCGCGACCGGGGGUCCAAAGGGAAGCGGUCCGGGAGCAGCCGGGGCAGGGGAACGGGCGGAUUGGUAUGCUUUUUGUGCGGGGGCAAGGAGAAGUCUGCCAGGAGGUGAUUUGGCUGCGCUUUUUCUUCGAGUACGACGUGUGGCGAAGAGAGCGAAGGCAGCCUGUUAAAGCAGCAGUUUUGUUGUUGGUGCGGCACCUCUCUGCGAGUACGGUGCAUGUCUGGGGGGUGUUUUCGGAGGGUUUGUGGCUCCAGGCGAGACAUAGCCUAUGUUUCUUUGCUGUCCCGCGUGGUGGGCGUGAGGCGGUACCGUUAACGCCGAUCGAGUGUAAAGGUGCCCGCCGUUUCUGAGUGGCCAAAUCAACGUCCUUCACUUUUCCGUGUUAAUGUGACCAAGCCUACCAGGAGCGGACUCAUGUUACCUGUGUAUUUUAGUGUGAUUAUUCCCUUGAUAUCGCAAGGGCAUGACACCACAUAGUCGUUGAGUUCACUCCGGAUGACGUUUGACAAUUGAGUCAACCCUAGCACAUGCAUUAUCAGGCGGGACACACCCCCGUCUGAAUAACGGAGAGUAUCUUGACAGUGCCACCGUAGCGAGGGGAGGGGGGUCGGGCACUGAGAAACGAACUGGAGGAGGGGGUUACUAGGCGGGUGGGGUGGGGGGGGCGCUGUGUUGUUGUACUGCUGUCCGUACUCGGUGGCAGGUAGACUGAUAGAGUCAGGUGCACACGUGGGCAGUCUUGCAUCUAUAAGAAAUGUGUAUUCUACAGCAUUCUUGUACAGUUUUGUAUUUUUACGAGGAGCUACGCAUAUGCAGGAGCUGCGGCAGUUUAGCGGGGCAACGUUCGUGCGGCGCACGGCGCGCCCUUCGAAAUGGUCAGUUGAAUCGAUCGAAAUUGAGCGAUGCUGUCGCAGCGUGCGCGCUCCUCCUGGUUCGUGUUUCCCUCCGCAGUUGAUCACGUAUAUAUGUAUGCGUUGGAAAGUAGAGUUCCGUGGACCGCAUGACUCUUUGGUGGGGUGACGUGGGACUGCUGUAAUAUGAACUUUUGACACCCCGGUGUUCAAACUAGAAUCCAGGCCCUCAUGAUGUACAUUCAUAACAGAAAUGUUGCCGUGUUUUCUUCUGUCG